ACGCCGCCGGUGUUCUUGUCAUAACGCACUCUAGUUUCUGCAGAUUACUCUUUUUACCUGAAUAGGUGUUUUAUUUGGUCAUAAUUUAAACAAAGAAUUGUUAAAUAAGCGCAACAAAAUGUCUAAUAAUUCCAAUUUAUCUGUCGCUGUGGUUUGUUCCUCAAACAUGAAUCGUUCAAUGGAGGCGCACAAUUUUCUAGCGAAAAAGGGCUACAAUGUGCGCUCCUUUGGCACAGGUGAACGAGUAAAGCUCCCAGGCACAGCAAUUGACAAACCUAAUAUUUAUGAAUUUGGCACGCCAUAUGACAUGAUCUACCAGGAUCUUCUUACAAAGGAUAAACAAUAUUAUACACAAAAUGGGCUUCUACAUAUGCUGGACCGCAAUCGGAGAAUUAAAAAGUGUCCAGAGCGUUUUCAGGAGUGCAAAGAACAAUUCGAUAUCAUUGUGACAGUGGAAGAGCGUGUUUACGAUCAAGUGCUCGAACACAUGGAAUCGUGUGAUCCUACCGAUAAUCGACCUGUGCACAUAUUUAACGUGGAUAUUGAGGACAAUCACGAAGAGGCGUUAAUGGGCGCUUUUCUCAUAACGGAUAUGAUAAAUAUGAUGGCCAAAUCGAAUGACCUGGACAAUGAUAUUGACGAGCUGCUUCAAGAAUUCGAAUCUCGGCGCAACAAAACUGUUCUGCAUUCGGUACUCUUUUACUGACAAUUGUUCAAACUGUAGACGGAAAUAAAAAAAAACGAGUCGUGCGUUACAAUAACAAAACGGAGGCUUCAUGUAUUUUUUGUCACAGUUUUCUUUGUUGGCGUAACGGCAUUAAACGGUAAAAAGCUAUCCUAUAAAUGUAUGUUUGUAAUAUUACUGUAAACUAAUUUGAAAAAAAAAAAAUAUGGAAACGGAUAUAAAAUAAUACUGAUAUGCAUAAAUCUACAUCCGCACAGAGUAC